UUGUUGAUCUUUUUUCAGAAUCCUAUUAUUUUUAGCUGAAGAAUAAAUAACUUGAAAUGGAUGAAAUAAAAGCGUAUUUUACAGAUGAAAGAAUCAACGCAGUUAAAGAUACCAUUUUGGCAUUUUCUGGUUUGGUUUUUGGAAUUAUUGUUGUUAUUCUGUUGGUUGUAUUAGGUUGGUUUGUUGUUUGGCGUAUGUUCCUUCUACGCUUCCCCUUCAUUAAGGAAUUAGUAUAUGGAAAUGAUGACGAAGGCAAGAAGAAAACGAAAAGCCAACCUCUACGAAGAAGUGUCAGGCUAAAAGAAAAGCAAUCGCAUCAUACCGAUUAAAGAAGUUAACAUUUCGCGUGCUUUUAUAAGAGUGUUUUGUAAAUCGAUUUUACAUAAAUUUUAAGUUAUUUUGGAGGUGUGUUUAUGUUAAUAGUGCGAGAACUUUGUGAAGUAUUUAAAAUUUAGAAAAAGGAAAUUAUUAACUAAUUUUAAAUAAUAUAAUUUUAACCAAUUUUUUUUAAA